AUUAAAAGUCGCCGGAAGCACAGAUCGAGUGCUGAUCGAAAUGAAUUACGGGUGUUAAACGAUUUCUCUGUCGAUUUUGGCCUUGGUCGUGUUAUCCCACGGUGCCAAUUUGCCGUCCAACAAAAUUCUUGAACCCAAAACUCUUGAAUAUUGUUUUCCGGUUAUCGAGCCCAUCCUCGAACACUUUAUAGAGCUCACGUCAGCGGUCGAUGCCACCAAGGAACUAAACAAACAAAUAAGUUCCUUGUCGGGUACUAUUAAGGAUUUGGAGAGCAAGCUGGCCAUUGCUGAGGUGCAACUUAAAUCCAAGGAUGAGGCAAUUAACGCAAAAAACGAUUUAAUUAAAAUAAAAGAUGAACUGCAGUCCGAAAUAGCGGUUGCUAAUUGUCAAAUCAAGUUAAAUACAAAAGACAACGAAAUACUUAUAAAAAGUGGAGAGUCCAAAAAUAAAGACAACCUAAUAAAGUUAAGGGAUGAACAAAUCGCGGAACUGAAAGCCAAUAUUAACAACUUGAAAAGGCAGUUGCUAAGUGCUGAGGAUCAAGUCAAAACCAAAGAAGAUGUUUUAAAAGCUAAAUCUAUGGAAUUGGAUGAGAAAACUGAGAAACUCGAACGUAGAGAUGACCUAAUAAUACAAAAUCAAUAUGAAAUCAGCCAUCUAAUCGAAGCGAUGAAAAACAAAACUGAUGAAAUUAAUGAGCUACGUACUCAACUUUCGGCUAAAGACACCGAAGUCGAGGCUUUGAGCAAUCAAGUGAAAUCGGAUUUGGAAACAGUAACUGAAAAAGAAAAUCAACUUUUAUUGUGCACUGCAACAGAAAGUUGUCUAACUGGCCGUCCAAAUGAUAUUUAUAAAAUAAAGUUACCCGAAAUGGAUUUAUUCGAAGCUCCCUGCAAUUCAAGUGGUUGGAUGACCAUCCAAAGGCGUCAGGAUGGCUCGGUGGACUUUGAUCUGGAUUUUAAGGAAUAUAAGCGUGGUUUUGGCGUUUUAGUUGGAGAAUUUUUCUUGGGACUAGAGAAACUGCACCGGUUGACCAAAGAUAGACCUCACGAGCUCUUUAUCAAGCUAGGCAAGUCUGAUGAAUCCACGAGCUAUGCUCAUUACGACAGCUUUGAAAUUGCCGGGGAGGAAGAUAAUUACAAGCUGGUAUCGGUGGGCGAUUAUUCCGGUACAGCCGGAGACGCCUUAGAUGAUCUGGUGGGGUCAAAGUUCAGCGCCGUUGAUCGGCCUAAUCCAGCAGAUUGUUCUACAACUAACACUGGUGGUUGGUGGUACAGCAAAUGCUCAUACAUAAGUGCGCUUAAUGGAAAGUACCAUGCGGAUGGGGUGUGCCCAGAAUUUGCAGGAAUUCGUUGGAACACUUGGGAAGAAGAUGAUGCGGUUUCUCUCACCUUUACUGAAAUGCUGAUAAGGCCCAAAUCCCUGUAAGCUUUAAAUGUAAAGGAAAAAAUAGGAUUUCUUUUGCAAACAAUUAAAAUACAAGGCACUUACUGAUUUUUUGUAAAU